AUGAAGAGCGCAAGAAACAUUACAGCGUUGCUGCUGCUGCUGAUCUGGGUAGCGCUCACCAUUGCAGCUCUACACCUAGUAACAACAGCAGCAGCAGAACAAGAAGUACCAGCAGCAGCUGCAGCAGCAGCACGCAGCAACAGAGGGAAGCCCAUUGCCCCUAAAGAAUGGCACCUUCCUGUUGCCUCCCCUUCAGCGACAACAAGAUUCUCUCUUCCCUCCUCUCCCUCAACUGGGGUGUCUGCGCAGACACCUGAAGGUCUCUCUAACAGCCCUAUAAAGCAGCCAUCCAUAGCAGCAGCAGCAGCAGGAGUACCAAGUGCUAGAGCAGCGCCGGCAGUAACACUAGCAGCAGCAGCAGCAAGAGGAGGAGCUGCAGGAGCAGCAGCAUCAACUCCCUUACCUAGCACUGUUAAUAUACCAUUUCCUUUCUUAGGCCCUGCAAUAACUCCUCUUGCUGCUCCUUGGGGUACAAAUAGAGAUGAUGCUGCUGCUGCAGUUGCUGCAGCAGCAGGGAAAUAUCCAGACGCAGCAACACAAGCAGCAGCAACAAGAGCAGCAACAGCAGCAAGAACAGCAGCAGCAGCAGCAGCAGCAGCAAUACCCUCUUAUAAUUCUCCUUCAAGGAGCUGGACAAGCUACUCUGUACCAGCAGUUGCUGCAGUACUCCACAGCAGCAGCAACAGGAACAGCAGCAGCAGCAGCAGCAGCAGCAGCAAGGAGAAGGUUAUAAUAAAGGAAGAAGAUUCGUCAUCAGAGACAGAGACAGAAGAAAACUCAAAGACAGAGACAGACACUGCAGCAAGCGGAUGGAGUACCCAUAGUACACAGCAUGCAACAACAGCAGCAGCAGCAGCAGAAGCAGCAGCAGCACCAACAGCUGCAGCCGUAAGAGCUGCAGCAGAAACUACAAGAGCAGCAGCAAUAGCAGCAGCAAUAGCAGCGGGAUAUCCAACUCGUGGAUCGGCACCACAGGCAAAGAAGGAUAUCCCUGCUGCUGCUGCUGCUGCUGCUGCUCCAAAGGUAGCGGAUUCUAAAGCAGCAGCAACGGCUGCAACAGCAACAAAAGCAGCAGCAGCAGCAGCAGCAGCAACUCGGGUGCCUCCCCUUCCUGUUUCUUUGUCUUCUUCUUCUGCAGCAGAUGCAGAAAAAGUUGUUGCCUUUGCAGAUGAUGAGGAUACAUCAGCAGCAGCAACAGAUGCAGAAGCAGCAGCAGCAGCAGAAGCAGAAUCAGCAGAAACAGCAGCAGCAGCAGCAGCAAAAGUUAUAUUAAGACGACGAGGUGGUUUAAAUGAAUACGAGGGUUUAGAUGAGGGUUUAGUGAAGGGUUUACAGAAUAAGGGUUUGGAGAAUAAGGGUUUAGAGGAUGAGGGUUUGGAGAAUAAUAAGGGUUUAGUAGAGGAGAGUAUAAAGAGGACAUUAACAAUACAGAGUGUAUAUAAGGGUUUAGAGGAUCACGGAUUACAAUAUAGAGGUAAUAAAGAAACGGAUAUAGAGGAGAAGGUGUUUGGAUGUUUAUUUCGAUUUGUUGGAUUUUCAUUUUCGUCUUUGACAAUUUCCAAAGAAUUUAUUUCUUUGACGACAACAAUUGGGCAACAAGAGGAAAUUGUAUUAACACAAUUCCUUAAGAAAUCACCACCAACAGCAGCAGCAGGAGCAGGAGCAGCAGGAGCACCUGUUGCAGGUGAUGGUAGUGAUGGUGGUGAGAAGGAGGAGCAGCAGCAACAGCAACACCAGCAGCAGAAGGGAGAGGAGGAAGAGGAGGGAGAAGGGUUUGACUGCAGUAUAGAGGAUCCUUCGUCCUUGGUGCUGUUCAAGUCUUUGCCUGCUCCGCCUCAUACGUAUCUAAAGAAGGCAGGAGAACAGUCAGAGUCUUUCAGUGGUUACAGGUACGAGCAGCAAAUGAACUUCUCAACAACAGAACAAAACAAGUAG